GGGGGGGGUGUACAAAGUCGGGCGCGCUCUCCAUGCAGGCGGCCAAGACGGAGGAGGAAAACAUGCCAUGCAAGCCCAAACUCCCUUUUUCCUUCCCGCGGCGACGACGGCUCCCUCGCCUCGCAGCCCGCUGCUAACCCGCCGCCCGAGAUUAGGUCGUGCCUACCGCCAGCAUUAUCAUUCUUGCCCACUCCGAGGGUGGGAGAGACGGCGGCCGGGAGCGACAGACAAUGGCGGCGACGGCCGCGGCGCCUGCUCCUGCUGCCGUCGCCAGAAGCAGCAACAGCAGCAGUCCUGGUAGUGCCAACAGCGGCGGCGGGGGCGGCACAUUCCACCAGCCGCAGCUGGAGCCCUGCCCGAGGAAGCCGCCGCCGCCGCCGCCGCGCAUGGACCCCCGGCGCAGGCAGGCAGCGCUCUCCUUUCUGACCAAUAUCUCGCUAGACGGGCGGCCGGUGCUGCAGGACGACGAGGGCGGCGGCGGAGGCGCUGCUGCCGCUGCAGAGGCGGCGGCGAGGGCGGCUUCAGCUACAGCCUGCAGUAACAGCAGCGGCAGCGCUAGGACUCACUACAGCCUCGCAGGCGCUUCCCAGCCUCCCGCCCUGCAGCAGCUACACGGGGUUUACCCCUGCAGCAGCAGUUGCAGCGCCAGGUUCAUGAGCCCCCUGGGAGCGGCGGGCGAGCCGCGGCAGGAAGACGACGUCGAGGAUGAGGACGAAGAUGCCUUUGCAAGCGUGCAGGUGCCGCUUUCCUCCGCCUUCCCGGGUUCCUCUGGGCCCCCGUCUGCGAGCGGCGCGAGGGGUCGUCUCAACUCUUUCACUCAGGGAAUUUUGCCCGUCUCCUUCGCCAGAGCCGUCCCGCAGAACUAUUGCUGCCUGGAGCAAGGCCAGAUGGGCUCCAGCGCCUUCGAGCUCCAGAGGUCCCGACGUCGGUUGAUUUCCCAGCGGUCUUCAUUGGAGACUUUGGAAGACAUUGAGGAAAAUGCACCCUUACGGAGAUGCCGGACUCUGUCAGGCUCACCCAGACCAAAGAACUUCAAGAAGGUUCACUUCAUCAAGAACAUGCGACAGAAUGAUAUGAGGAGUGGCAGAAUAGUCCUCAUUAGUGGCAGAAGAUCCUUUUGCAGCAUAUUUUCAGUGCUGCCAUAUCGGGACUGCAGCCAUGUUGGAGAUAUGAAAACAGAAGGUGGGAGGCAAUCUCAUUCUAGCGCAGGAGUUUGCUUCAAAGACAUAGUUGGCCUUGAAGGUGUGGAAUUAGGAGCUAAUGGGAAGACUGUUUCUUACACCCAGUUUCUUUUUCCAACCAAUGCCUUGGGAGCACGGAGGAACACCAUAGAAUCCACCUCAUCCUUCUCGCAAUUUCGCAAUGCAAGCCAUCGUAGCCUUUCAUUGGGAAGGGCUAACAGCACCCAAGGGAGCAUUGACACAGGCAGUGACUUGGGAGACUAUAUUGAAUACAAUCCUAAUCUUUUAGAUGAUCCUCAGUGGCCAUGUGGAAAGCACAAGCGGGUGUUGAUAUUCCCUUCAUAUAUGGUGGAUGAUUCUUCACUUCAUGGAAAAAGAACGAUUUUGCCCAGAAUGUUCUUUUGUGGUCCAGUGGGAAAGCUGGUCAUUUUGAUGACAACAGUGAUUGAUUAUGUGAAGCCAUCAGACCUUAAGAAAGAUAUGAAUGAAACCUUCAAGGAGAAGUUCCCUCACAUCAAGCUAACACUCAGUAAAAUACGAAGCCUAAAGCGAGAGAUGUGCAAAUUAGCUCAAGAGGAAUGUGGCUUUGAGGAACCCACUGUGGCCAUGGCUUUCGUCUAUUUUGAGAAGCUUGCUCUCAAGGGAAAACUCAACAAGCAGAACAGAAAGCUCUGUGCUGGAGCGUGUGUCCUGCUGGCUGCCAAAAUUGGCAGCGACCUCAAAAAACAUGAAGUCAAACAUCUUAUAGAUAAACUGGAAGAGAAGUUCAGGUUGAACAGGCGAGAGCUGAUUGCCUUUGAAUUUCCAGUGCUAGUGGCCUUGGAAUUUGCUCUUCAUCUACCAGAGCAUGAAGUGAUGCCACAUUAUAGACGUUUGAUCCAGAAUUCCUAGCACAGGCUACCCUUCCAUGAAGGGGGAGGGGUUUAACAACUAUUUUCUAUCGAGCUCAAAAGAGCAGAAGUUACUACUGAAAAUGGAAAAAUCAGAUACAGAUAUCCCAACACCAUUUGUUCUCUUUUCAGUGCAGCUUUUCAACAACAUUGUAAGGUUAAAGCAGCACAUUCUUUCAGACUCAGGCUAGAAGAACCAUUUACUCAACGCAAAUGAUGAAUGAGUUGUGUGUAAGUAGAAGAACUUCAUACCACAUGGACCAAAUGAGAACUUUCUUGUGUUGUCCAUACCAUUCCUGCAAGAAUGAGGAUUAACAGCGGCCUUCACACUUCUUUUUGACUAUCCCAUUUACUUACUCGGACUUCAUUGAUUUUCCUAUAAGAAACUGGUUUCCAGCUUACAGAGGGAUCUCUAAAGCAAUGACAGGUUGUGGUAGAUAAUCUUCACUGUGUCAACAAUGUGCCAAUCUAUUUUUGUAUCCACAAUUGAAAGUGCAAUUUUUCUGGUGUGAGUGGAUUGCUUAGCUGCAAGUGAAACAAAGAACAGGCUUGGAACCAGAUGGCAUUCUUGGGUCAUUGCUAAGGUAUUGUUUACUAAGACCGGAGGACAACUUUUUCUCUCUUUGCUUAAACAAAACUACUGAAAGGGAGGCAUAUGGGUUCAUUUGAAUAACCUCAGAUGAUAUUUUGUAAUCCCUGGUUGUUUGAGUUUCCUCUCACCAACUUUUAUUUUUGUAAUGAUUAUACUUACUACUACAAAAAGAAGAAAAAGACAACACAACUGAGAAACCAAGAACCGGUCUUUCACUUUUGUACGUAGUGCCAUUCAAAUGCUCAGCAAGGAGGAGAGAUGGCAUUUUGCAAGCAUCUUGUUUGAAGCCACAUGCGUAUUUCUAACCUCUGCACUUUACCUUCUGUGGAGAUGGUUAGACUUGCACUCUGUAGUGUUUGUAUUUUGUGCUCUAUGUUAGAGUGCAUUCUGAGGCACAUUGAUGGUGCUGUAUGUUUAACAGUGUUUUCUAAAACUGUCUUGUACAGCUGAGGAGCAGAAAUGGCAACUUAGGGCCUUGAUAGCAGACAUGCAUCUCAAUGUGCAUAGUUUUUGUUGUUGUUGAAUUAUUGUUGUUUUUAAUUAGAAUUGACUGUACAACAUCAAAUUUGAGAGCAAGGGCCACUGAAAUUAAUAUGUCUUUUCAUACUUCUCAGAUAUUCUGCUAUUCUGGAAUCUUAUAGUACUUAACUAUGUUUGUAAAUUACAAAGUCAUGGCUGGGAAAGCGCAAAACCCAAACAGAAUCCUUCCCCUCCUCCACUCUGUUUAUCCUGUUUUCUAAAUACUUGUAAUGUGUGUAUAAUUAUAUAGAAAAACUUAUGAGAAUAUAAUGACAGCUGGAUAUGCUUGGUAAUAUACUAGAGGACAUGCAUCAAAUAAUUAAAUUACUAUUUUUAUAUAUAGUUAAUGUACAUGUCCCACUUUUUCCAGUGCUGAUUCACUCGACACAAUCCAAGAUUGGCACAAUAAUUUCAAUAAAAUCAAGUACUUUGCUGUUUUAUAGUGUAAUACAAUUCACCACUCUUUUUUUUUCUGUACCAGCAAUUAGCAACGUAUUGCAAAUAAUACAGGAAGGAAGAACAAUAAAAAAUUCAAAUGCAAA